AUGAAACUUCAACUCCACCCCACCACCCUCCUCCUCUCCACCCUGACCCUAACCUCCCAACUCGCCCGCGCAGACCUAAGCUACUACUGCGAAAUGGCCAAAGACGGCACGAACAUGAUCCAGAAGGCCUAUUGCUGCGAUGAUCUGGUGCCUGCGCGCUACGCCGAGAGUUUCCUGCAGGGGGACAAGUGUACGCCUGCGGAUCCGAAGACGUUCCUCUGGCAGUAUCCUGGAGGGGAGUGGGGAAAGAAGGCUGGCUAA